CGCGUGGCCCGCCCCCAGUCCUCCACCCGCAGCUUCCUGCAACCCCAAAGCUGAUUUCCUGGGACGCAGGUCUCCCUGGAGCACGGUUGACUCCUGAAGACUCACAGUUCCUGUACUGGAGAUGAAGCCCAGGAAGAGGAGGAGAAGGAAGAACAGGAGGACCUCAGAGGACUCAGGCAUGGCUCCUCCUCAGGAACAGGUGACAUUCAAGGACGUGGCCAUAGAGUUCUCUAAGACAGAGUGGAAACGCCUGGACCCUGCUCAGAGGGCUUUGUACAGGGAGGUGAUGUUGGAGAACUACAGGAACCUGGUGUCCGUGGCAGGAACCUCUCCUCCCGAUGUGACCGUUAUCUCCAUGCUGGAACAAGGGGAGGAGCCCUGGACUGCAGAGAGCCGUGUGCAGCGACCGGAGGUACCCGGUGGACGGGAGUGGACCCAAGGGCUGGUCACAGAAUUACCAGCCAAACACAGUGGUGCUUCAGGAGAAGUAUUGCCAACGGUGAUGAUGAAGGCACAUGAAAACCGUGGUACUGAAGGGUUUCCCUUCAAGCAAGUCCAGAAAACAACAGAUGCCCCUGCCUGUGAGUGGAGAGAAGAAGAAAACCCAUACAAAGUAGUACCUAUGACCCAUAAAGAAAAUCAGACUGAGAGAGGUAUUCAUCCUGAAACAAGAAAUGUAGGAAACAGGCCUGUUAAAGAUAAUUUUGACUUCAGCUUGCAGUCACAUCCACCACUGGUGCAGGAUCUUAAAGGUGGUAGGGAAAUAAACGAACAGAAGGGAGUUGAGAAGUCUGUUAAGCAAAGUUCUGUAGUUUCACCACUCCAGAGACUUGUUUCUAAUAUCAAAGCCAUCACUGAUCAUGAAGAUGUGUAUAAUUUUAUAGACUGCUCAUUAUUCACCCAAGAACAGAGAGCAGACAGGAGGAAGAAAUCUUUCCAGGGUAAUCGGUCUGGCAAAGCUUUUGGUGAACACUUACACCGUGCUCUAAGUCAGAAAAUCUAUACAAGAGAGGACCUGUAUAAAUGUGAAGUUUGUGGAAAGGACUUCAGUCAACAAUCAAACCUUGCAUGUCAUUGUAGAAUUCAUACUAGGGAGAAACGUGCCCAGUGUGAAGUGUGUGGCAAAGCCUUUAAAAGUGGCUCGGAGCUCAUUAUACAUGAAAGGAUCCAUAGCAGAGAAAAACAAUAUAAAUGUGAUGUGUGUGGCAAGGUGUAUGCUCAUAGUUCAAACCUUGUAAAUCAUCGUAGAAUUCACACUGGAGAGAAACCUUACAAAUGUAAUGAAUGUGGUAAAGUUUUUAGGCUUAAUUCACACCUUACUGUACAUGUGAAAAUUCAUACUGGGGAGAAACCUUACGAAUGUAAUGAGUGUGGCAAAGUCUUCCGUCAGUCUUCAACCCUUGUUGGUCAUCAGAGAAUUCACACUGGAGAGAAACCUUACAAAUGUAAUGAAUGUGGUAAAGUUUUUAGGCUUAAUUCACACCUUACUGUACAUGUGAAAAUUCAUACUGGGGAGAAACCUUACGAAUGUAAUGAGUGUGGCAAAGUCUUCCGUCAGUCUUCAACCCUUGUUGGUCAUCAGAGAAUUCACACUGGAGAGAAACCUUACAAAUGUAAUGAAUGUGGCAAGGUCUUUAGCACCAGGUCAAUACUUUCACAGCAUCGCAGAUUUCAUAGUGGAGAGAGACCUCACAAGUGUACUGAAUGUGGCAGAGCCUUUUCUGUCCGUGGAAGCCUUAUUAACCAUCAGAGAAUCCACACUGGAGAGAAACCUUUCAAAUGUGACGAAUGUGGGAAAGUCUUUCGUCGGGCUUCAAACCUUGCUGUUCAUCAGAAUAUUCAUACAGGAAAGAAACCAUACAAAUGUAACGAAUGUGGCAAAAUAUUUUGUCAUAGUUCACACCUCGAGGCACAUGAGCGUGUUCAUACUGGAGAAAAACCUUACAAGUGCCGUGAGUGUGGGAAAGCCUUUAGGGUGUCCUACAGCCUGACUAACCAUCUAGCGAUUCACACGGGAGAGAAACCUCACCGAUGUAACGAGUGUGGCAAGUUCUUCAGGCACCCUGUAGACCUUGCUCGCCACCACAGAAUCCACACUGGAGAGAAACCGUUCAAGUGUAAGGAAUGUGGGAAAGGCUUCCGUCAGUCUUCUGGCCUUGCAACUCACCGGAGAGUUCACACUGGAGAGAAGCCUUACAAAUGUGAUGAAUGUGGGAAAGCAUUUAUUUCGCGCUCAGCUCUUAUUAAACAUCAGAGAAUGCAUACUGGAGAGAGGCCUUACAAAUGUGAUGAAUGUGGCAAGUCAUUUGGGAGCAGCACUGCACUUAAACUACAUCGAAAAAUUCAUACUGGAGAGAAGCCUUUUGAGUGUAGUGAGUGUGGUAAAGCAUUUAUUUCGCGUUCAGCUCUUAUUAAGCAUCAGAGAAUGCAUACUGGAGAGAGGCCUUACAGCUGUAGCAGAUGUGGUAAAGCCUUCACUCAGCAGUCUAUCCUAACUGAUCAUUGGAAGAUUCACACUGGGGAGAGACCUUACGGGUGUUCUGAGUGCAGCAAAGUCUUUACACAAGAAUCUAACCUUGUGUUUCAUUGUAGAAUUCACACUGGAGAGAAACCUUAUAAAUGCAGUGAAUGUGAUAAAGCUUUUAGACUAAGAUCAGUACUUAGUGAACAUGUGAAAAUUCAUACUGGGGAAAAGCCCUACGAAUGUAAUGAGUGUGGCAAAGUCUUCCGUCAGUCUUCAACCCUUGUCGGUCAUCAGAGAAUUCACCAGAGAAUCCACACUGGAGAGAAACCUUUCAAAUGUGACGAAUGUGGGAAAGUCUUUCGUCGGGCUUCAAACCUUGCUGUUCAUCAGAAUAUUCAUACAGGAAAGAAACCAUACAAAUGUAACGAAUGUGGCAAAAUAUUUUGUCAUAGUUCACACCUCGAGGCACAUGAGCGUGUUCAUACUGGAGAAAAACCUUACAAGUGCCGUGAGUGUGGGAAAGCCUUUAGGGUGUCCUACAGCCUGACUAACCAUCUAGCGAUUCACACGGGAGAGAAACCUCACCGAUGUAACGAGUGUGGCAAGUUCUUCAGGCACCCUGUAGACCUUGCUCGCCAUGGCAGAAUUCACACUGGAGAGAAACCGUUCAAGUGUAAGGAAUGUGGGAAAGGCUUUUGUCAUUCUUCUGGCCUUGCAACUCACCGGAGAGUUCACACUGGAGAGAAGCCUUACAAAUGUGAUGAAUGUGGCAAGUCAUUUGGGAGCAGCACUGCACUUAAACUACAUCGAAAAAUUCAUACUGGAGAGAAGCCUUUUGAGUGUAGUGAGUGUGGUAAAGCAUUUAUUUCGCGUUCAGCUCUUAUUAAGCAUCAGAGAAUGCAUACUGGAGAGAGGCCUUACAGCUGUAGCAGAUGUGGUAAAGCCUUUACUCAAAACUCUGCCCUAACUGUUCAUUGGAAGAUUCACACUGGGGAGAGACCUUACGGGUGUUCUGAGUGCAGCAAAGCCUUCCGUUCCCGUUCACAUCUUGAACGACAUGAGAGAACUCAUGCUAGAGCGAAACCUUGCAAAGGUAACUAAUAUGACCACAUCUGCAGUGAUCACACCUCGCAAGAGGUUGGGGAAUUCAUUCUGGAGAGAAAAAUGUAUAAUGUGUGGUAGACUUUAGUUUUCAUUCUAGGCCUAUUACCGUAAGUGAAUCCAUAGUGGAGAGAAAUGUUGCCAGUGUAGUGGACGUGGCAAGGCCGCAGGCAGAAGUCUGACAGUCUUCACUGGAGGAUUCAUGCUAGUGUGAGCCCUCACGUGUGUGUGGGUGUGCCAGAUUGGUUACUGUGCUUUCAGUCUUCACAAGGCAUCAGGUAAUUUGUACCAGUGAGAAACCUUCCAGAGCUAAUAAGUGUGGCAAAUUUUUUUGUAUGCUUUCACAGCUCUCCAGACGUUGGAUAAUCUAUACUGGAGAGAGACCACAUAAAUGUAAUGAAUAUGAAAAAUGUUUCUGUCAAAAUCACUCCGUUUUUUUUAGUAAUUUUUUAAAAGAAUUAUUGAAGAAAAAACACAAAAAUAAUUAAAAUCUUUAAAACAAUGACUGUAUAAUUCAGAAUAUAUCAUAUAGCUUGCAAGUUAACAAAAUUUAAUAUAUUUUCUUGGAACAGCAGUUAGCAUAAUGGCUAUGUUGCUGGACUACCAUGUAGUCGACCGCGGUUCGAGUCCUGGACCCAGUGGCUUAA